GACAGAACAAAACCAAAACCAAAUAAAGAAAGCUUUGUUUGCAGGCCCCUCAUUCCCUGUUUUUUCUUCUUCUGCUUCUGCUCAAACCCAUCUCCUGCACGAUUGAGCUCAACUCACCAUUUCUCUUAAUUCUUUUUUCCAAACCCAUCUUUCCUUUUUUUCUCUUUUAUCUGAAUUCUUGAUUCUCUUCUCUCAGAGGAAAAGGAGAGAUGAAAAAGAGAAACACUUCAGUAAAUCCCCAUUCCAACUUCUUCAUCAUUAGUUUGGUACCAAACUUAUGUUUCCUUUAACAGUUUUAUGCUAAGUUGUCAGCUUUAGUCACUAUCCUUCACUAUUCUUUAUCAAAUUUAUGCUUCUCUCAUUCAUUUCUUUUGAAAUUUAGCUACCAUUCAUCUUCAUCAGAUUCAACAGGCAUGUAUUGAACCUCUGUUUCUACUUGUCUUAAAAUUGUUUUAAGUUUCUUCUUCAAUUUCGAAUCUGGAAACUUUUUGCCUUGCCAGUUGCCACUCUUGUUGCAUACACAAAUGUCAAGUAUAAAGUGUGAUCUCGUUCCUCUAAUAUGCUUUCUUUCUCUUCAAAUCUUAUUUGGAAAUUCAUAUUCUACACAACCCAUGAGCUGUACGGACACCACACGACUAUGCACAUCGUUUUUGGCUUUUAAACCCCAAAAGGACCAGACUUUAGCAGUGAUCCAAAGCAUGUUCGAUGUGCUACCCCAAGAUGUAGCCGUAGAAGGCAAUGAUCGGGGAUACAUAUUCAUCAAGAAGAAUUGCUCAUGCUUGUCCACAACAAAAGUUUAUGCCUCUAACACUACGUAUACAGUGAAAUCCAGCGAAGGUUAUGUGUAUGACAUUGUGAUCGACGCUUAUGAUGGGCUUGCUUUCUUGCCCAAUACUACUAGAUUAGCGAAGGUUGGUGCAGUGAUUUCAUUGAGGUUGUUUUGUGGAUGUUCAAAUGGGCUGUGGAAUUACUUGAUGAGCUAUGUGAUGGGCGAAGAAGAUACUGUGGAGUCACUGUCAAGUCGAUUUGGGGUUAGUAUGGAUAGUAUUGAGUCAGUAAAUGGGCUAGGGAAUCCCGAUAAUGUUACUGUUGGGGCUCUGUAUUAUAUUCCCUUGAAUUCAGUUCCUGGUGACCCUUAUCCUGUGGAGAAUGACAUUCCCCCUAGUCCUGCUCCAGUUCCUGAACCUUCUUUUGAUGGGUCCUCAGAAAAUCCACCAAAGCAGAAGGCACAAGUACCAUAUGGAUGGAUCAUAGGGGGUCUUGGGAUUGGUCUUGCACUAAUUGUAUUUUGUAUAUUUAUUUGUGUAUGCUUGAAGUCCUCUAGCUGCUGCUUUUCUAAAGCUCGAGGAGAUCAUGCUAAAGACCCUGACGGCAAGGUUUCUCAUAGGUUUCAUACUCUUCGUAAGCCAAGUUUUUGUUGUGCUUCGGGAAGGUAUACAUCUGGUAAAUCUGGAGAAUGGAAGCAAACCGAUGGAGAGUCUAGCAGCUACCAGAUUACUAUACCUAAAGCUCUCGGAACUGAAAUGCUUGAUGUGGAGAAGCCUGUGGUUUUCACAUAUGAAGAAAUUAUUUUUGCAACUGAUGGAUUCUCUGAUUCAAGUCUUAUUGGACAUGGAACAUAUGGUUCUGUAUACUAUGGCCACCUUCAUGACCAGGAGGUUGCUGUUAAGAGAAUGACGGCUACAAAAACUAAAGAAUUUAUGGCAGAGAUGAAAGUCUUGUGCAAAGUCCACCAUACAAAUCUGGUUGAAUUGCUUGGCUAUGCUGCCAGUGAUGAUGAGCUCUUCCUAAUUUAUGAGUAUGCCCAAAAGGGUUCACUUAAAAACCAUUUGCACGAUCCUCUGAAUAAGGGACAUUCAUCACUGUCGUGGGUCAUGAGGGUCCAGAUUGCACUUGAUGCAGCUAGAGGUCUGGAAUAUAUCCAUGAACAUACUAAAACACACUAUGUUCACCGAGAUAUCAAGACAAGCAACGUCUUACUCGAUGGUUCCUUCAGGGCUAAGAUUUCAGAUUUUGGAUUGGCAAAACUUGUUGGAAAACCAGGCGAGGGAGAAGCGACAGCAACAAAAGUUGUUGGUACAUUUGGUUAUCUGGCUCCAGAAUAUCUAAGCGAUUGUCUUGCUACAGCCAAAAGUGACGUUUAUGCAUUUGGUGUUGUUCUUUUUGAGAUCAUAUCUGGGAAGGAAGCCAUAAUACAAACUGAAGGUGCACUUAAAAAAAAUCCUGAAAGACGAUCGCUGGCAUCCAUUAUGCUAGCAGCUCUUCGGAACUCGCCAGACUCCAUGAGCAUGUCAAGUUUGAAAGAUCACAUUGACCCUAAUAUGAUGGAUUUAUAUCCCCAUGAUUGUGUAUUCAAGAUGGCCAUGGUUGCAAAACAAUGUGUGGAUGAGGAUCCCAUCAUACGGCCUGACAUGAAGCAAGUUGUGAUUUCACUGUCACAGAUCCUUUUAACCUCCAUUGAGUGGGAAGCGACUCUUGCAGGAAACAGCCAAGUAUUCAGCGGUCUUGUCCAAGGAAGAUAGAGAGACUGAGCAAGCUCCUUCUCGUCAAACCCCACACUCCUUUGUUCUCCUCCCUUUUCCCCUUGUAAUAUUGUAGUUACCCAUAUGCAUGGUGGCACCAAGAUAGUGAUAUUCCAAUGGAAGUGGUAAUGUAAUAGUGGUGAUUGUCUACCUUUUCCUUUUCUUCUUCCUCCCUCCUGUUGAUUUUGUACACAGCCUUUUUUUCCCCCGAGUGAAAAUUUUUGAUGUAAUAUGAAAUGUAGUUGUAGUUAGAGACUUUGUAAGAGAGAGUUUGGUAGCGUAUGACAAUAGCAUAUUUUUCUACUUAUUUUUGGCUCCUGUAUUUUUGGAGUGUACUGAGGUAAGAGGUAAUGAAAAAUAAGGUAUCAAUUUUUUUUUA